AUGUUGAAACUGCCUAUGUCUCUUCCUCCAACACCACUGGUCUCCGACCCGAACUUACCGGGUGUCGUUGCCAUUUCAUCAUCUGGCUCGGCAAUUGAGCCGCUGAAUCUUACUUUGUCCGAGGGUUAUGGUCUGACGACCAUGUUUUCCGGUGACUCUCUCGACGUUUCCGGUGAGGAGUUUGAUUGGGUCACUGUGGAUAGAGGAGAAGCUGAUGUUCUUAUGGGUAAUUCUCCGGCCGUUCAUGAAGUUCAUGACGCUCUCGAUGCACUUCGUCUGAUGUUGAGUGGUGAUACAAAUGCUGACGGGGAAGAUGAAGCUUCGAUGUCGGAGGAUGAGAUUAAUGGCUGCAUUUUGUCAGAUGGGUUAGGGUUCCUAGAUUGGACUGAACCGCCAUUGCAGCUCUGCAACUCAAGACAUCUGCAGCAGCUGCAGCCUUAUAUGCAAGACAGACUCUUCGACGCUUUUCAUCUGCUUCAGACUGAUCCAUCAAUCCAGAGAAUGGUUGUAUCUUUGGCAUCAGACACGACCGUAUACAAUGCGGUUAUGAACAACGAGGUUGUUCGCGAACUCAUAACUAAUGGUAAGAAAGCUCGAGCAAGCACUGAAGAAUCUGGAUCAGCUAUAGUAGAUAUCAUAAAGAAGAUGUUUCAGAGAAGUGCGACGAAAAUGAUAGAGGCAAUGGAGAAAAUAACAAAGUGCGUGACCCAUCUGUUCAAGGUUCCAUGUCAUAAGGAGGUGGCUGUUGUGGUCGUAGUCACCGGUGAUGAGCCGAUGAUGGAGAAGCUGCAACUGACGAUUCUGCUGGCCGUGGUCGUCCUUCUGAUAGUGUCGGUGACUCGAGCCGUGAUGGCUUUAUUUGGACAUGUAUGA